AGCCGACGGUAUUUGUGCCAUUUGUGCGAGAGCGAUGCUCUGCAGAGUUAGCCGACCGUUGCUAGCUGUUAAUGAACGCUAACGUCACCGGUGUUGCGGUGAACUGUCAGCAGCAGGAGGUUGACGAGGCGCUAAGCGGUUUGAACCGUUGGACGUUACAUCAACUCAAGUGUGCACACGACACUGUUGUUAGCAUUUAGCGUUACACACUAAAUGUUCCGUCAUGACGAUGCUAACCUAAGCUAGCAGGGUUCGGCGGGUUCAUUCAUCACAUGAUCGGGAGACAGGCGAUGUUGAUUUAUCCAACAUGUUAUUGUCCUUUAAAAUAUGUAAUAUCUGGUGUAGAUAAUCGUCAUGUUGGUCUGCAAACAGUGGGAGUUUUUGGUUUUAUUAGCUAAAUUGAUGAAUGGAUUUGACAGGUGCGAAACAAACUUUAACAUUAGCUAAUAAGUUAAAACAUCAGUGAUGCUGUCAGUUAGGGGGCACCUUUUAUUAGUGUUAGUAUUUUAAAUUUAGCAUAUAAAAAUUGACCUAAGAGUAAACUUGAAGCUUUUUAAUUAAUACAAUUCCCCAAACAUAAAAAAUAAUAAUGCAGCCAUUUGCAUAGUAUAAAGAAUAGCCUUUGAAAGUGUAUCCUGGAUCUAUAAAUAUAUAUAUUUCAAUAUGUCUUGUGUGUCUUGUCAUCCGUAAUAAAGCAUAUAUUAGCAUAACAUUACAGUGCUGGCAGGCAGUUAACUUGCCUUGUUGUGAUGAUGCAUAAUGUUAUUAACUUAAGUUAAUGGUGCAGCAUUUACUUAACUUGAAAUGCACUCAACUCUAUUUGUAUUGUGCUUUAAACACAGUCAAUCGACACUGCUUCACGGUGCAGAGACACAAAAGGAGAAAAACUAAAUCCAGGCUCCUAACAGAGCGACCAUCGGCUUAAUGCUUCGGAAAUUCAAGAGGAGAAAGGGCAAUGGCCAUGGAUGACAUUUAGACAUGCCACAGGAGGAUAUGUGAAAAUAGAGAUUAUUGAUGUCUGUAUUUCAUGUUGCUGCUCAGUUUCUAUGGUGUUGUGCAUGCUGUCACACUGGGACACUUGAAUAGGACAGAGCCAUAGUUAAUGUUAUUAGUAACACCUGUGCUUUUCUUACUAGGACAAAUGUUAUGAAGGCGUAUAUUGCAUCGUUUUGGGGGAGUAAUUCACGUCACCGCAGUGCUAUUCCUGCACCCUGCACGGAAAGAGCAUCUCAGGUUUCUGACAGACUGGUUUGGGCAAAGGAGUUCGUAACGUAAGCAGGGGAAAGUUAUUUAGUGGAACCAACAACGUGAAUUUAAACUCAGUUUGUAGGACGCUACAUGGAAAAUUGAACAUACACAGAAAAAUGGGCUUAUUUGACCUUUUGACAUUUACACUUCUUGUAAUAGUAAGCAAACAAAUUACAAUGUCAUCUGGAUGACUCAAUGUAGCCCAAUGCCACUUUAUAUUCAUUGUGGUCCUUGAUGUUAAGAUGGCAAAGAUACAGGCGACCAGGUGAUACCACACUGCCAUCAAUUCACCACCCGAUAAAAUCACUCCAAGGCUAACAUAAAUAAAUAGAUAAGAUAUUCAUUUAAUCCAUAAUCAUGCUCCAAAUGUAAACAAAAUAUAAAACACAUAGCCAUAGGAUUAUAAAUGGUUAUUAUUCCCAUUUAGAUGCAGAAGAGCAGAAGAACACCGCACACAUCUAUUUCAUGAGACCGGUGCGUAGGAGAGGUACGAGUAGAUAAAGUUUCAAACUAUAUUAUUUGUGAUGUUUUGGUGCCAGGUGGUCUAGUACCGUUAGACAGCGUGUGGGAAUUUGUUUGCAAGAUAUAAAAAAGCAACAAAAUCUAAAUUACUAAUGUGUUCUGCUGCUGUUAUAAGCUGGUUUAUAUAAUGUUAUUAUACAACUCUAAAACUUUGUAUUUUCUAAAUGUAACUCACACGGUUAUUUAAUUGUAUCUGAAUAAACACAUAAUGAGUAUGGUUAAAAAAAUCACUUAUUAGUUAUUUUUUUAUUUUACUUUAUCACUGGUAUUGGUGUUUGCAACAGGGUCGACCUUCUUUCCCAUUGGCACCAAACGCAGCACAGAAAGCUUUACAACAAUUGGAACGUGUGUAGCCAACCGUAUGCCCAGAAGAUGCUAAGGCCCGCCCCCGUCCUCCACCAACCAGUCACUGUUGGUCAAAGUGCAGCAGUUCCUGUAGUCAAAAAGCACAUUGCUUUGACAGAGAGGAGGAAGCUGUUGACCAUUUAUCUAAUCAUCAGGUUAGGCUGCUGACGUUUCUGACAUAAUGCCAACUCCAAGUGAAAACACACUCUUUGGGAUGGGAAAUCCCCUGCUUGACAUUUCAGCUGUUGUGGACAAAGAUUUCCUCAACAAGUUCGGGCUGAAGCUUAAUGACCAGAUCCUCGCCGAAGACAAACACAAAGCCUUGUUUGAAGAAAUUGUCAAGAGGAGCAAAGUUGAAUACCAUGCCGGUGGUUCGACCCAGAACUCUGUCAAAAUUGCUCAGUGGAUGAUCCAGGAACCCCAAAAGGUGGCUACUUUCUUCGGGUGCAUCGGUGCCGACCAGUUCGGGGAGAUACUGAAGGAGAAGGCUGCGGAGGCCCACGUCGACGCACAUUACUACGAACAAAACGAGGAGCCGACCGGCACCUGUGCGGCCUGUAUCACCGGGGACAAUAGGUCCCUUGUUGCUAACCUGGCAGCGGCAAACUGCUACAAAAAGGAAAACCACCUGGACUUGGACAGCAACUGGGAGCUGGUGAAGAAAGCCAAGGUUUAUUAUAUUGCGGGUUUUUUCCUCACCGUGUCCCCGGAGUCCAUCAUGAAGGUGGCGAAGCACACUUCAGAUAACAACAAAAUAUUCUGCAUGAACCUCUCGGCACCUUUCAUCAGCCAGUUCUUCAAAGAGCCCCUGAUGGAGGUCAUGCCUUACGUCGACAUCUUGUUUGGCAACGAGACGGAGGCGGCCACAUUUGCCAAAGAGCUGGGCUUUGAGACGGAUGACAUUGCAGAGAUUGCAAACAAGACCAAAAAUCUGCCCAAGGAGAAUCCGAAAAGGCAGCGAGUGGUGGUCUUCACACAGGGCAAGGAGGACACUGUUGCAACCGUUGAUGAGAAGGUGACCAUGUUCCCCGUUUUGGACAUCGACCAAAAUCAUAUUGUGGACACUAACGGAGCCGGAGACGCCUUUGUGGGAGGAUUCCUCUCUGCGUUGGUCCAAGAGCAUGUGUUGGAGGAGUGCAUCCGGGCGGGACACUAUGCCGCCAACGUCAUCAUCCGGCGGGUCGGGUGUACCUUCCCAGAGAAGCCCGACUUUCACUGAUGCAUCCGAGCACUGCACAAAUGUCUGUUCCACAAGAUACUUGUAUACGUAUGCUUCAGGAUUUUAUGUACAUUUUUAUUUUCUAUUUACAGUGACUCACUGCAUGGGACUAAGUGCUACAGCUUGAAUAUUUUAUCAAGCUCACAAAAAAAAACAACUUGAUGUUUGAAUACAAUUCAAGUGUGCUGGUAUCACGUAUUGGAAUAAAAUGGUUAUGUUUAAA